AUGCCGACGCUGGAGGACAUAGUCACAAACAUCGAGGGUGCCAAGUACUUUUCUACAUUAGACGCUGCCACAGGAUUUUGGCAGAUUCGACUUGACAAGCCCAGCUCGUAUUUGUGCACCAUGAGCACGCCCUACGGAAGAUACAGAUUCCUCCGGAUGCCGUUCGGAAUCGCCACAGCACCAGAAGUCUUCCAGAGAGCAAUGCACCAGGUGCUCCAAGGUCUCAACGGCGUCGAGGUGGUCAUGGACGACAUACUGGUGUGGGGUUCAACAAAAGAAGAGCACGACAGACGUCUUCAAAAUGUCCUGCAACGGUGCCAAGAGGUGAACCUCAAGCUGAACCUGGCCAAGUGCCACUUUUUCAAAGCGGAGGUACGCUACCUCGGCUUUGUGCUAACGGACAAAGGACUUUCGAUUGACUCGAACAGAGCAGAAGACAUCCUUGCAGUUCAGGUCCCAGAGAACGCAAAGGAACAAAGACUUCAGCAGAUCAAGCGGGCAACAAACCAAGAUGAGAAUCUCCGUACCCUGAGGGAGUAUGCAAGCACGAAGUGGCCAGAAGACAAAAAUGCGGUCCCCGAACAAAUCCGAGCCUAUUGGCCAUACCGUGAUGAGAUCCAUUCGGAAGACGACCUCCUCUUCCGAUCAAACAGGCUGAUCAUUCCAAGCACAAUGAAGAACGAAGUCCUAGACCUCCUGCAUGCAGCCCAUGGGGGUACAGAAAAGAUGAAACAACGUGCCAGAGACGUCAUGUUUUGGCCUGGAAUGUCAGCAGACAUCCAAGAGAAAGCGGAAAGAUGUGCGCUCUGCAGACAACACAAGCCCAGGAACCAACGGCUGCCAAUGAUGAGCCAUGAUGUCCCAGAACUGCCCUGGCAGACAGUUGGCAUGGACCUUUUCCACCAAGCAGGAGAAGAGUACGUGAUCAUCGUGGACUUUUAUUCGUUUUAUUUCGAACUUCGACGCUUGAAACACACAACGGCAGAUGCUGUCAUAAAGUUCUGCGAAGAGGUCUUUGUUACGCAUGGUCUUCCCCACAAGCUGAUCAGUGAUAAU